AUGGCCAGUGAUCACGACCCUCUGAGGCUCCUCUCNGGGAAGGCUAUGGCCCGCUCUGGAGCGCAGGCAUUGGCAUUUCUAGAAACCAACACCGCAAGUGUCCUAACUAUAAGUCUCUACACAAUGCUUCACCACACCAACUCUUCAUCAAUGGGCCUUGUCCUUUCCCACACAUCAAUCGUCACAUAUCCCAACGGCGUACUACAAGCUGCCAAUGGAGACACAGGCAAGGAUCCGGGCUACAUUGUCAUGAACAAUGGCGACACAGGCAAGGAUCCUGGCGCCCGCGAGACGGAGCCUGAAGGCAUCAGCGCUCUCCUCUUCGCAUUUUGCGGUGACCGCUCAUUUUCAGAAGCCUAG